CUGGUUGGCCUGGAACGCAGCCAUGUACCCUGGCAACAGGGGCGGAACAAGCGGUAACUAAGGACGCGCAUUAGGAAGUACAGUGGGAGAGAUACGAUUUAGAAGGUUUGAGGGUUGUUAGCUAAUUCUGGGGCGCCUAGAGCAACUCAGAGCUACAGUUGUAAGGCAUCAUGGCGGACACAGACCAUAAUAUCACGGCUGCAAUCAUUUAUUACUGCCAGGAGAAAUACCACCAGCACGUGCAGAACCUCGCCAGCGAAGGACUCAAGAAAUACAGCAAUGACCCAGUACUGCAGUUUUUCAAGAUCUAUGGCAUGCUCAUGGAAGAUCGUGUACAGGAUGCCAUUAGAAAGCUCGAGUUCAUCAAGGAUGAUCCGACAGUCGUGUUAUGCUCAACUAUGGCACUUAUAUAUGCACACAAACGGAGCGGGAGAGUUGACCGCGAGUCUGUGGCUGAAUUGGAAAGUAAACUGAAGGAAACCCGAAAGUCUGCCGGCCCUAAAGCCCUGUAUUACGCAGGGAUGUUUCUGUGGCUGAUGGGGAGAACAGACAAGGCCCGAGAGUACAUUGACAGGAUGCUGAAGAUAUCAAACCGCUCUAGGGAGGGCCUGGCUCUGAGAGGAUGGCUGGAUUUAAAUUCUGAAAAGGAAUCGACUGUAAAUAAAAGCAUCAGAUAUUUUGAAGAGGCCAUUCAAGAUAAUAAGGAUAUAUUUGGCCUUAUUGGAAAGACACAAUAUUUUAUGACACAGCAGAAUUAUUCAGGGGCAUUAGAUGUUAUCAAUCAAGUAAUAGUCAGCUACCCUGCAUUCCUACCUGCACUUACUCUGAAGAUGAGAAUCUUCCUUGCACAGCAAGACUGGGAUCAAACGCUUGAAACAGCUCAAAGAAUUCUUUUGAAAGAUGGGGCUAACAUUGAUGCUUUCCAGAUGCUCACCAUUCAUAGUCUCACAAGAGAUGGAAGCACAGAAAAGGCUCUAAACUAUCUAAGGGAACUUAUUAAUGCUCUGGAUGCCGGAGAGCCCCGAAAUCAACUGCUGCAUCUUCACAAAAUUCUCCCUAUCAGCUGUUUGUGUGGAAGAAACCAGCCAAUUAUGCAGCAGAUCUCCAUGGUCAUUGAACGAAUAUUUCAAAUGGCUCCACACGCAGAAGUUGCCACGGCAUUGGCAAAUCAUUUAAUCUUACAAGGCAGUGUGGCAGAAGCUGCGGGCUGGUACUCAACUGCCAUGAAGUUGGACGGAAAUCACCUAGAAGCCCUCACUGGUGUAAUCCAGUGUCAGAUACUGCAGGGUCAACUGGAAGAGGCUGAACAGCAACUUGAUUUUCUGCGUGAAAUUCAGGAAUCUAUUGGAGGAUCAAAGGAGCUGUGCUAUAUCCAGGCCCUGCUUGCAUGGAGGCGAGGCAAAGAGGAAGAGACCAUCGGGGAGCUGCUACAGAAGGCAGUGGAAAUGCAUUAUGCUGCAGUGCGUGGGCUGCCUCUCAGCGUGGAAUACUUUGAAAAGCUGAACCCCACGUUCCUUAUUAACAUUGUGCAAGAGUACCUGCUGCUUUGUCCCAAGCAGCCCAAAGCCCCAGGGGAGCCACUGUCACCCCUCCUGAAACAAGCACUGUCCAUUCUCACCCCUGUGGUCAGUGUGGCACCAGCCCUGACAGAACCUCUGUACUACAUGGCCCAGAUUAAGUACCUAUCAGGAAAUUUAGAGGGAGCCCAAGGAAGCCUGCAGCGCUGUAUAGAAUUAGACUCUGCUUGUGCGGAUUUCCACCUCCUCAUGGCGCAGAUUCACUACGGCCAGGGGAAGUUUGCUGAAUGUUUGGUGUCUCUUGAAACUGCAGUCAGUCACAACUUUAAGGUUCGUGAGCGGCCUCUUUACCAUCUCAUUCGAGCACGAGUACUGAGAAAGACUGGAGAACUUCAGGAAGCCAUAAAAACUCUAAAAAUGACCAUGAGCCUCCAGGAGAUGAAGAGAGGUGCCUUUAAGAAAAGAACUUGGGGCUCUCUGAACAGUAGUGACAAGGUCUCUAUAUACCUGGAGCUUGCAGAGCUCCUUCGGCUGAAUGGAGAGCAGCAUGAAGCUACCAAGAUAAUUCAAGAUGCAAUCAAUGAGUUUGGAGGAACCCCAGAAGAGAUCAGAAUUGUUGUGGCUAAUGCAGACAUGGCCAUUGGUAAAGGGGAUGUGGAAAUGGCAUUGAACAUGUUGAGAGGCAUCACCCCCAGCCAGCCUUAUUACAGCGAAGUCAAACAAAAGAUGGCUCAGAUUUAUCUCUUCAAUAGGAAAGAUAAGAAGUUAUACAUCGGAUGCUAUCGAGACCUUUGUGAGCAGCUGCCGGGCCCCCACACCAGCGUACUCCUAGGAGAUGCCCUUAUGAACAUUCAGGAGCCAGAGAAGGCCCUGGAGGUGUACGAUCAAGCACUGCGCAAGAAUCCCCAGGAUGCAUCGCUUUCUAGCAGAAUUGGACAAGCACUGAUUAAAACUCAUCAGUAUAAAAAGGCAAUCAGUUACUAUGAGGCUGCUCAGAAGAUCAGCGGGCAGGAUUUCCUAUGCUGCGACCUUGCCGAGCUCCUGAUUAAACUGAAGCAAUAUAACAAAGCUGAAGCGGUUCUGAAACAGGCGCUGGCACACGAGCCGGUCAGUGACUUGGCCUCCAUGGUGACCGAUGCCAGAUGUCUGGCACUACUGGGGAAAACAUAUCAGAACUACAAAAAAGAAGAGUCCGCUGAAAUUUUGAACAAGGCUUUAGAGCGGCAGCAGCGCAUUCUGAAACGGGUGCCCAUGGAACAGCCAGAAAUGGUCCCAGCGCAAAAGCAGGCGGCCUCGGAAAUCUGCGUGCAACUGGCAGAACAUUAUGUGGGUGAAAGGGACUAUGAGCAAGCUGUGAAGUACUAUAAAGAGGCCGUGCUUUAUUCUCAGGAUGGCAAAGUGAAGCUGGAAUUGUCCCGUCUCUACCUUAUAAUGGGCGAUUUGGAUUCCUGUGAGAGCCAAUGCAGUGACUUGCUUCAGGAUCACAGCUUGAAAGAGGAAGCAGCUAUGAUGAUGGCAGACGUGAUGUUUCGGAAACAGGAUUACACAAAAUCAAUCGAACUUUUCCAUCAGAUUCUAGAAGAAAACCCAGAUAACUUCACCGUACUGAGUAAAUUAAUUGACCUGCUCAGAAGAAGCGGUAAUCUAUCAAAAGCUCCCUCGUUCUUUGAAAGGGCUUUAGCUAAUUCUUCCCGGACUGCACUGGAGCCUGGAUUCAAUUACUGCAAGGGGCUUUACUGCUGGUACCUAGGGCAGCCUAAUGAUGCCCUGAUGUAUUUUAAUAAGGCCCGAAAGGACAGUGAAUGGGGCCAGAGUGCCGUCACCAGUAUGAUCCAGAUCUGUCUCAAUCCUGAUAAUGAGAUAGUUGGGGGCGAAGUGUUUGAGGGCCUGGAUGGGGAUGACAGUCUCGUAGGAGACAGGCGGGAGUCUGAGAUGCUGGGUGUCCGGACAGCUGAGAAGCUGCUGAAAGAGUUCCAUCCGCGAACCCUGAACGGUCGGAACCAGUUGGCGCUGUUACAGAACCACUGCCUGAUGGCCACGAGAGAUACGGCGACAGUGGAAGUGGCACUGAGUGCACUCACAGAAAUGGCCACUGCUGAGAAGGAUAAUGUGGCUGCCAUCUUGGCUGUAGCCCAGGCCCUCAUGAUUCUGAGGCAAACCCCCCGAGCCAGGAACCAGCUCAAGCGACUGGCAAAGGUGAACUGGUCCUUGGCGGACGCAGAAGACCUUGAGAAGAGCUGGCUGCUCCUUGCAGACGUAUACAUCAAGUCGGGGAAAUAUGAUAUCGCAACAGAGUUACUCAAGCGUUGCCUGCUGUACAACAAGUCUUGCUAUAAAGCCUACGAAUACCUGGGAUUCAUUAUGGAGAACGAGCAGUCGUACAAGGACGCUGCGGCCAAUUACAAGCUUGCAUGGGAUUACAGCAACCAAUCCAACCCAGCAGUAGGCUUCAGGCUCGCCUUUAAUUAUUUAAAAGAUAAGAAAUAUGUGGACGCCAUUGAUAUCUGCCACAAGGUUCUGACAGCCCAUCCCACCUACCCCAAGAUCCAGAGAGAGAUACUGGCCAAGGCCCAGACUUCCCUUAGGCCGUAGUUUGGGCAGAAGCCUGGCACCUUGUGUCCAGCACAUGUUGGAAAAAGAUUUAUUUUUAUAUUUUUGUUGCCAAAAAGGGUCUCAACUCCCCGCCCAUGAUUUCCACGGAAACAGCCAAUGAAAACCCAAAAUGAACUAUUUAAUGAAUUCAUAUUUUUAUAUGCAGAAAUCUAUCCCCCAUAUGUAAUAAAAGGCACUAAGUUUGCCCAGGAGCAGUAACCCAUAGCAACCAAUAAGAUGUCUGCUUUUAACCAGGUGACCUGCUGAAUGGUUGCUAUGGGUUACUGCUCCUUGGCAAAUGUAGUGCUUUUUAUUACAUAACCCAAACACAUGUAUGUAUAUUCAAUGUCAUUUAAAGUCCAAUAAAGAGAUUUUAUAUAAA